CACUUCCCGAUUUGCAUACGGAAUAAGGGACGGUUCGUGUUGCCAGAAACAUUAUAUUCACGGAAAUUAUUUGAUUCUGCGGUUAAAAGUACACUAGAGUCCAUUCUUGAUGUGUGGCGGUAACCAGUAGAAAUCAGAUAGUGCUGGGAACAAUGUCCUUCCCACCCAGACCCCCGAUGGGGAUGCCGCCAAUGGGUCCAGGGAUGAUGCCCCAAGGUUAUGCUUUUGCUCCAAUGGGUAUGAUGCCAAUGGGAAUGGGGAUGAUGCCAGCUGGACCUAUGAUGCCCCAGCCGAUGACUGUAGUGCCAUCAGGCCCCAACCAACCCUUGAACACAGUAAAGCCCUCCAAGAAGCUGAUUCCGCAGGAGAUAAAGGAUGACUCUGAGGAGAAGCCUCCAGUAACCACAGUGUUUGUGGGCAACAUCAGUGAGAGAGCCCCAGAUGCCAUGAUCAGGACCAUGCUGCAGAGGUGUGGAAAUGUUUUGAGUUGGAAAAGAGUUCAAGGUGCUUCAGGAAAAUUACAAGCAUUUGGGUUUUGUGAGUAUGAAGACCCAGAGGCUACCCUGAGGUGUAUUCGCCUGUUAAAUGAGUGGGCCAUAGCUGACAAGAAACUAGUUGUUAAAGUAGACGCGAAAACAAAAACGUUGUUAGAUGACUAUCGUGCCAAGAAGAGCAAGAAGGAGAAUGGUGACAAGCCAAAGCGGCCAGACAUGGAGGAGGGUGAGGAGGAGCCCCCACCUCCACUCUCAGCUGACCUGGACGAGUUCUCACAGCGUGAAGACCGAGUGGCUAAGGCCGGCCUAGAUGCCAUCAUGAGGGAGUACUCUCACGAGCUCAACAAAGUUCCUCCUCAAGCAGAACCAAAAGAAAACAAACCAAGGGAGAAGAAAAAGGAAGAUUUGAUAAAAGAUGCCGGCCUAGAUGACAUGGGCCUGGAAGAUGAUAAAAAAGAGAUAAUUAACAGAGAAAUCAAGAGUUUCCGUGAUGCACACAAGGAUGAGGAUGACCCUGAACAGGAGGAUCGGGAGCGAUACAGGGACCGCGACAGAGACCGCAUCAAGCGGGACCGACGGGACAGAGAGAGAGAACGCAUACGGGAGCGGGACUACAGGGAAAGGGAAGAGAGGGAACGACAUAGGGAACGCAAAGAUAGGGGCAGAGACAGGUCAUACGAAAGGUCACGCACAAGGAGUAGGUCAAGGUCAAGAGAAAGACAUUCCCGCAUCAGGUCACGGGAUCGCUCGAGAGAGAGGCCAGUUUCCCGUGACAGAGACAGGAAGGACAGAGAGAAGGAGUUAGAAGAGGAAGAGGAAGCGUAUGAGCGAAGAAAGUUGGAAAAGAGGUUACGGGAAAAAGAAGCAGCUUACAGAGAGAGGUUAAAAAAUUGGGAAAUCCGAGAAAACAAGAAGUCCAGAGAAUACAAGAAAGAGAAAGACCGGGAAGUUGAGAGGAAGGAGGAAGAGGUUCGGGAAGGCAGGAGAUUGAAGGAGUUUCUAGAGGAUUAUGACGAUGAAAGAGAUGAUCCAAAGUAUUACAAAGGCAGUGCUCUGGGCAGAAGGCUGAAGGAGAGAGAGAAAGAGAAGGAGGUGGAUGACAGAGACAGACAGCGGGAGAGAGAAGAGCUGGAUGAUAUACGACGCAGGCUGCUGGAGGAAGGUCAUCCUGACCCCGAGUCAGAGAUAGCAAAGAUUGAGAGGGAACGAGAGGAACACCUGAAGCCCAAACAGGUGUUAAUAGAGCCUGAGCCCCCUGCCCCUGAGCCUGUGGUGGAGAAAGAAGUUGCCCCACCUGCCCCUCCCCCUGAGCGCUCUCCAGAUGACGAUCGUGCUUCAAGACUACCCAAGAUGGCACCCACCCUGAAGCCAGUGGAAGCCCCGGUGAAUGGAGACAGCUCAAGCAUGGCGUCUGAUGAGGACUCCCGUUUCAGUUUCAGCACAGCUCAGUCAUUACCCGAGGAACCCUCAGCUCCGGUUUAUGGCCCAGCCCCCAAGCAGGAAGCAGCCAUAGCCAAGAAAGGCUUCAGUGGAAUCAAAUUAGGUGCGUCUGAAAGCCCUACAGACAGCAAUAACAAGAGGAAGAAGUUCACAGUAGGGGACGUGUUUAACCAGGAUGAUGAGGAGGCAGGGGACGCAGCUAAGAAGAGAAAGCUGAUUCCCCUGGACUACGAGGACACGUCAGAGAAGAAACCGAGUACAGCAGAGGAGAAGAGACAGCACAUCAAGAAGCUGAUAGAGAGGAUCCCCACAGCCAAGGAUGAGCUAUUCACCUACGAGUUAGAUUGGACUAUGGUGGACAGGUCAUUGAUGGACAAGCGUAUUAAACCCUGGGUGAAUAAGAAGAUUGUAGAGUAUAUUGGGGAGGAAGAACCCACCCUGACAGACUUCAUCUGUCAGAAGGUCAUGGCGCAGAGCUCACCUGAAAAUAUACUAAAUGAUGUAGCUAUGGUUUUGGAUGAAGAGGCUGAAGUCUUUGUGGUGAAAAUGUGGAGACUACUCAUUUACGAAACAGAAGCGAAGAAAGCUGGCCUAGUAAAAUGAUGAGGUGUAAAUUGUGUAUGUUUGUCCCGAUAUUCCAUGAUCACCUGAUGAAUGGGUUCACACACUGCAGGGAGAAUCAUGCAGCCAUGCAGCACUGCGCAUCUGUGUGCUUUUAUUUGAAGCCUGGACAAAAACCUGAAACUCAUGAAUAGUGAAUUCUAGAAGUGCUAAAACAGGAAAAAUCAAACCAACUCCAGUGGGUUUUACUGUCUGCUUAUCAAUAGAUGUCAGAAUUUCCAAGUUGAUAUCUAUAGUAUGUGUUGUAGAAAUUCUGUCUCGCAGUCUAGAUUGGCCUUUGGUAUUUUAUCGAAAGGACAUCAUUCCUACUACAGCUUAUUAAUAAGAUAUUAGUGUGAUCUUGAAGCAAGAGAGGAUUAAAUUUUUUUUUAUCCUAUCACUGUUUUAGUGAGGAAUAUUGACAGAAUUCUUUAAGUUCAAAAGUGUGCAAACCAGAUUUGAGUGAGUAGUAUUCAUCCUGACAAGGAUGUGAUCACUUACAGGAGGAAGUUGUGCUAGGUAAAAGGUACACUUUCUUCAGACUUGGUGUUGUUUUUUCUCUGUGGACAUUGCAAACCAUGCUGCUCAAUUUCUUAUCUCUAGUGAGUUAAACUGACUUUAGUAAUAAUGCAAAGAAGUUCAUGUUGCCAUGCAGUUCUAUUCAAAUGUCAACAUUUGCAGUUCUACUCCAACACUGUCCCAUGUUACAAAGCAGCAUAAUUUCAGAUUUAGGAGAUCCAUCUUAAUUCUGAAUUCACCGAUAUUCAACGAAGCUUUUUAUGUUUAAAUUCAUUGUUCCAACAUAAUUCAGUAGUGUGUUUCAAGAUGUUCAAGAAAUGGCUUUGAUCUAUGGACGUUAUUGACCUGGUGAUUUCCAUUGAUUUUUAAUACUAUCUGCUGUGUUAUGCAAGGAUUUUAUUUUAUGACGCUGAAGUUAUCUCCCCUGUCCAACAUACGGACACAGUUACGAGUGCGGUCAGGUUGCCCCGAUAUCCAAUUUUGAUUUACUUUGUCCAUGGUCAAUACCCAAUCAUCCGGAGACUACAGUAUGUACCAGACAGCUAUCCUCAGAACAUUGUCUCAAUGAAGCCCAGUAUAAUUUAACCAUCAUUUGAAGUCAUUUCCAAUCUGUUGUC